GAGAUUUGAAAAAACCUAAUGUAGCAAUAAAAUCUCCGAAUCUUUUUGAUAAUCCCAACCUUCCAAAACAUCAAUUUCCCAUAUUUCUCCGCUCCACCAAAACCAAUCAGAGAGAGAGAGAGAGAGAGAGAGAGCUUCUUCAGCUAUCGAUCAGCUUCUUGAAUGGGUAGAAAUCUGAGCCCGAUACUUCGGAGGGAGCUGGCGAACCUCGACAAAGACGCCGACAGCCGUAAAACUGCCAUGAAAGCAUUAAAAUCCUAUGUCAAAGACCUUGACUCAAAGGCAAUCCCUCAAUUUCUUGCCCAAGUAUCAGAAACAAAAGGACCAGGUUCGUCUUCCGGCGAGUACACCAUCUCUCUCUAUGAAGUCCUCGCCCGAGUCCAUGGCCGUAACAUUGUCCCCCAGAUCGAUAACAUCAUGUUGACCAUCGUCAACACCUUGACGUCGAGUGCGGGAUCGUUCCCGCUCCACCAAGCAUGCUCGAAGGUGGUCCCUGCGAUAGCAAGGUACGGGAUCGACCCCUCAACUCCUGAGGAGGAGAAGGUGAAGAUAAUACAAUCCCUCUGUAAGCCUCUAUCCAGUGUCCUCAUGGGCCCUGCUGAAAGUGUUGCAUCUGGAGCUGCCCUGUGCUUGAAGGCGCUUGUUGAAUCUGACAAUUGGCGGUUUGCAUCUGACGAGGCUGUGAAUGAUGUCUGUCUGAGGGUGGCGGGGGCUUUGGAGGAGAAGCUGACACAGACAAAUUCUCACAUGGGCCUGGUCAUGGCAUUGGCGAAGCAUAACAGCCUGAUUGUUGAGGCUUACGCGAGGUCGCUCAUUCGAUCGGGGUUGCAGAUUUUGACGGCUGGUGUCGCAGAGGGGAAUUCACAGAGGAGGCUUUCAGCUAUCCAAAUGAUAAAUUUCUUGAUGAAGUGCAUUGAUUCGAGGAGCAUCUUCUCAGAGCUAGCAAUGAUUGUUGAUGUGUUGGAGAAAUGUGAUUCGGAUCAGAUGCCGUUUGUCAGAGGUGCUGCUUUUGAGGCAUUGCAGACUGCUAGGAUGAUAGCUGCAGAUAAAGGGUCAAAGUUUGAGAAGGAUUCGAGUUCAAUCACAGGUUCAAAUUUCAGGAGGGACCAUAGCCGGAGGAAUUUAUGGGGCGGUAGUAGGGAUAAUCGGAACCGUAGGGGCAGCAGAUCCCCAAGGCCCAUGUCACCUGAGUCGCAUACUGUCAAUUCUUUCAUCGAGUAUGAUUCUCUCAUGGACUCACCAUUGUCGACUGGGCAGGCUUCAUGUAAUUUUGCAUACGGCAGUCAUGCAAAUCGGAAGCUGUGGAGGUGUGAAAAUGGUGGCGUGGAUGUAUCUUUGAAGGAUGGCCUAUACUCGGCAGCUGGGUACGGUGAUGACCGCUUAAAAUCAUACGUUGAGCAUUUUGGCGAUGGAGGACUCAGCGAUGUGGAAGGAGAUCGAUUAGAGGCAUUUUCUGGAUUUGCACAGGCUAGUAGUCCCACGAACACAAUAACUCGGAGUGCUACACCAAGUCCUCAGAGAUCACAAUCCCAGCUUAAUGCGGAUGAUAUCAGAAUCUUCACGACUCCAAGGAAGCUCAUCCGCUCGCUUCAAGAUCCAGAUGAUGUCAGCUCUGAUUUCUUUGAGAAACAAGCUGAGAAGAUCAGAAGCCCAGCUUCAUGUGAAGUGGGGUGGGAGCCAACAAGAGAAAUGAAUGGAAGUGAUGGCAGUCCGGAUAGUUUGAAUUACGUGGUCAGAGGCAAACAGAAUUGUGAGAGGGUGCAGAGCAAUCUGAGCUGGAAGAACAAAGCUACAGAUGCAGAGCCGGAGCUGGAUGGCUUUGAAUCAGUGUCAUCAACGGGCGAUGUUGAUCCGGAUGCUAAAAACUGCAAGGAGUUGUAUGAGGCGAGAGGAAGAGAGAACAAUGGAAUGCGAACUGUAGGCCCAAAACGUACAAGUUUCAGGAAGGCUGCCGCCCUUAGUUUGGUUUGUGGGCUUACGUUGAUUCUUCCUGCUAUUAUCUUAUCGACAAUGUGGCUUGACAAUCACGACGAAUACUUCAAUUUGGUUCCCACCUAAUGCCCUCUGUUUUUUUGUUUUUUUUUUUUGUUUUUUUUUGUAUUUUUGUAUUUUUGUACUUCUGUUGAAAUAGCAGCACCCUAUCUUUUGUAACCUGCAUUAUCAAACAUUUGUUGGAUGUCUAGAACUUCAAUUUUUAUGCAA